AUGAAAUUCUUUCCUUCAGUGAUCUUCAAGAUCUUGAAAAUGAAGCAAAUGAAAAAGACUCGUGUGAUAUUAUUGAGGAUUGCAAUACCUUUUCGAGAGUGCCAAUUGUGGCUGAGGAAAAUGAGAAAAAAUGUUCAUCAGAAGAGGAUCAGGCAAAAUGUAAGAAAAAUAAACAAUAUUACACACAGAAAAGUGGGUAGGAAAUUGAAGUCCUUUGUAUGUGAAGUAUGUGGCAAAAUUUUCCACAGAAAAUCAGGUAUACAGAAUCAUAUGAGGGUACACACAAAAGAGAAGCCAUACAGCUGUGAAAUUUGCAACAGAGCUUUCUCACAGGAAUUUGCUCUACUAAGGCAUAUGAGAGUACAUACAAAGGAGAAACCAUACAGCUGUGAAAUCUGCAGCAAAGCCUUCCCUCUGAAAUGUAAUCUGCUAGUGCACUUGAGAGUACAUACAAAGGAGAAACCAUUUAGCUGUGACAUUUGCUAUAAAGACUUCUCACAAAAAUAUCACUUAGUGAGACACAGGAGAGUACAUACAAAGGAGAAACCACAUAUCUGUGAUAUUUGCAGAAAAGCUUUUUCUCAGAAAACUCAUUUAGUAGUGCACAUGAGAGUACACACAAAGGAGAAACCAUAUAGUUGUGAGAUUUGUAAAAAAAUCUUUUCUCUGGUAAAGCACGUGAGACUACAUUCAAAGGAGAAACAAUAUAGCUGUGAGAUUUGUGGAAAAGCUUUCUCUGAUGAAGGUUCUCUAGUUGUGCACAUGAGAGUACAUACAAAGGAGAAACCAUUUAUCUGUGAGAUUUGCAAAAGAGCCUUUUCCCUGGUAAAGCACAAAAGAGUACAUACAAAGGAGAAACCAUAUGUCUGUGACAUUUGCAAAAAAGGUUUCUGUGAGAAAGGUUCUCUAGUAGUGCACAUGAGAGUACACACAAAGGAGAAGCCAUAUAUCUGUGAGGUUUGCAAAAAAGCUUUCUCUAUUAAAAGUUCUUUGGUGAAGCAUUUGAGGGUACAUACAAAGGAGAAACCAUACAUCUGUGACAUUUGUAAAAAGGCUUUCCCUGUUAAAGGUUCUCUGGUAAGGCAUUUGACGAUACAUACAAAGCCAUAUCUGUGA